AUGAGGAGAUAUAACAAAUAUUGUAAAAUUCAUGAUUUAUGGCUUGAUCUGGCCAUACUUGUAUCCAGAGAAAAUAAAUGUGCAUUCAGUAUUGAGGAUGCAUUGGGUGGUGGUCGCUGGUGUCGCCUAUUUUUGGCGAAGAAAGACAUUGAUGAGCUUGCCAUCUCGCAGAGACAUCCUGUUUCUCCCACACCUGUCCGCACACUGUCUCUCUCUCGCAAUACCGAAACUGGAGAAAACAUUCCGGCGAUGUUGUUUAGUGGCAUGAGAGUUCUGCGGGUUCUUGAUUUGAGCAACACAAAUGUCUCCACAUUGCCUGUUUGUGUUGGAGAGAUGAAACUUCUCAAAGUCUUGAAUUUGAGGGAGACAGAAGUUAGGGAGGUGCCAAAGUGUGUGAGAAGCCUUAAGAGUCUGUCUUAUCUUGAUGUCUCUGGUUGCAGGAAAUUUGAGCAGAGUCAGGCACCGAAAUGGAUAAGUGGACUGAGGUGUCUUCAGCAUUUGGCAGGCAACUUUAAGCAAAUUCCAAAGGAAAUAUCAAAGCUGGAGUCAUUGAGAACACUACGACUAGACGGUUGGUUGUCCCUGUCCAUGGAAAAGGACGGUGUGUUAAGGUUAGAGGAUGUUGGGAAGAUGAACGCGAUUGAGGAAAUAUCGUUUGAUGUUUCUGAUGAAUCGCAGUUGAAGAAGAUGGAAGAAGGGAUCCUUGCGCCCUUGCUCAACAUGCGUCGGCUGUACGUCCGCAAUGAGAUCAAUGGAAUGCAAUCAGAUCCUCCACAGUUUCCGGAGAAAAUGAGUGCAAUGAGAGAUCUGGAACUACUCGAUCUACGGAAAUUUGCAGUGCCAAAUUGGAUAUGUUGUUUGCCAAAUCUCAUGUACCUCUAUUUAAGAGAUUGUCAUAGCAGUGAUUAUCCGGAAUUACAAACAAUGCCCAAUCUAGUGAGUUUGGUGUUGGUGGGGAAUGAGAGGUGCAGAGCAUUGCCAAAGGCGUUUGGAAAGUCAGGAGGGUUUCCACACCUCCGCUUCUUCACGAUAGUUGAUUUCUCUGAAUUGGAGGAGUUUCCAGAAAUUGAGGAUGGAGCGAUGGCAUGCCUUGAGAAGUUGUUGAGAAGUUGCAAUUAA